UGCAGCAGCUCCAAAAACGUCUUGUUUCGCCGCUGUUAACCAGUCCAGAAGAUUUGUACACCACUUGUUCAGGUGUUAAAGAAGUCAACACUAGUAAUAUGCUAAAAAAGUGUGGAAUAUUCAUCUCUUUUCUGGGCAUACUUUUUUGUCCAAGACAUAAAGCAAGACAGCUACUGGUAACAGAAGAGCUCACCAGUGAUAACCUUCGAAAUGUCCAUGCUUUUACCGAAUUUGGUGAGCGAGAUAGGGUUCAAAAGCUCUUAUUUACCGCCACGCCCAUGCUUUAUAGAACAGAUAAAGCUGAUGACCACUCUGCACACAAACAGAAUAUCGCAGUUUCUCAACUUCCAAGUCGGGAAAUGAUAACGAGCUCACCAGAGGUCACUGUCGCUCUUCCAGAUUUAGGCAAUGACGAAAAGGUUAAUACUAAUGUGUUGAACUCUUCGGAAAAUGAAGAAACAUAUUACUUAAACUCUAGCUACGUGAGAGAAUACAAUAGUUUUAAACACAAAAUCGUAUCAGAAUUAGAAGAAAAAUCAUUAAUCGCUGGAACUCAUCCGUUUUUAAAAAAUAUCAUCCAAAAUUCAUCACAUAUUAGAAUCGUGGGAGAUAUGAACCCUUCUCUCACUAGGGAGCGUUACUGCGAAGAAAUUGAAGAAAAGGGAGUCUUGUGGAAUACAACUGAAGGGGGCGUUGUGGUGUUAACGUCUUGUCCAGAUGGCUACAUAGGAAGCGUUUACAGAAGCUGUUAUACAAGUGGCCGAUGGGGACACAUUCAUUUCUUUGACUGUCGUUUCAGAAAAUUACUGGAAUUAAAAACACUGCUUGACUAUCACCUGGUGAAAAAACUUUGGGACGGACUACACUAUGUCAUGGAAGAACUGACUAGCAUGCUAGGAUCCCAUAAGAUAUACAGCUUAAUGGAUCGCCUGGAGGCUAUGUGCAUGGUAUCUGACGUCAUGAGAGCUGAAACUGAUCUCAUCUUAAACAACUGCCUAGACGUGACCUACAUUAAGGUUGUAUUAAGCAACGUGGAGAAGCUUCUUACGUACGAGGGAACAGCACUCUCGACAAACUCGGAUACUCACGCUCUACUGAAGGAGAAGGUCAUUGAUCUUGUUCAAAGUUUAGCCAAGUUCGCAGGAGAGAUUUUGAAGGCUUACGUAUCUUCUUUUGGUCGUCACAUCAUAAUAUCUCCUACUUCUGUUAUAGAAUUAAUCGUAGCAUCGAGGGACGAUAAUCCAUCAGGUCUGGAGAACUCAUCCCUAUUAGAAGAGAAAAUAUCCGUUCCACGUCUUCAAGAACUAGAGGAAGAAGACUGGACUUUGUUAAGACUGUGUGCAGAGCGAGUUGAAGUGACCAAUUGAGUGAGAGAGAGGCACUGAGAAAGAGGCAUCUGACUCCAUCCCUUCCAGGAUCAGUCGAGGGAUUCUCGGGUAUUCUAGCAAACUGAAUACGUGAUGGUAUCGUGAUUCCUGGACGGAGCAGGUAAGCGUGGGAAUGGAGAAAAAGUGGAGCAAUUCGCUACAAUUAUACCGAGAACAAAUAGCAUAUAUGAACAAUAUAUCUGCAAUUUAAAACCAAUACAAUAAAUGUAUGAAGUUAUCAAAAAUGUAUGCCUUUUACCCCUUAAAUUGUCCAAGU